AAGUUGUAUUAAUAUGUGUCAACACUAGUUAAUAGAGAAAGUGUAGUAAAUAUAAUUCAAACACAUUUUGUAACACCGAUUGUGAUCUCAUUUGAUGAGCAAUACAUACAUUGAUUGCAUUCAACACUUAAUGAAUACAAACUCACAAUGAAUUGAGUGAUAAUUUUUAGAUAAUUUAGAGUCGAUUUGCUUAUUGUCGAUGUGUUUGGCAAUUGGUUUCAUAAACACAUAUAAGUGAUGACCAAUACAUCAAUCAAACACUGAUUCAAUUUGAUAUAAUAGAGAAAUGAAGCACAAGUAUGAAAUGUUGGUAACGGGUGGUCAACAGUCAACUAUAUGCCAACCAAUGAGUUCAAGAAUAUCCCGUAAUUUUCUGCUAACACUUGCUAUGGGAAUGACAUUUGGCUUCAGUUUCGCCUAUUUAUUACUAAGUGUUGUCAACUACCAGAAGGCUGGCUUCAAUGGCCACACAUUGUUCAUACCAUCACCUUUACAUGACGACCACUCACAUGUGGACAGCGAUCCACACGAUCACCACAAUCUAGACCGAGCUAUCGGACCAUCCGAUACUGUUUCACUGCACAGUCAUGACGAAGAGUUUCAUAAGGACGAUGAUUUGGUAGCAAAAGAGUUGGCCAAAAAAGUGCGUAUUUUAUGCUGGAUAAUGACUAACCCAACAAAUCAUGAGAAAAAGGCCAAACAUGUAAAGGCCACUUGGGGUCAAAGGUGUAAUGUUUUACUAUUUAUGAGCUCUCAAUAUGACGAAAGCCUUCCGACAGUCAAACUUGAUGUUACUGAAGGUAGAGACCAAUUGUGGGCCAAAACUAGGGCUUCAUUUAACUAUUCAUAUCAUAACUAUGUUGAAGAAGCCGAUUGGUUCCUCAAAGCAGAUGAUGACACAUAUGUUGUGGUCGAGAAUCUAAGAUAUUUCCUUUCAUCGCAUAACUCGUCAAAUGCUAUUUAUUUUGGCUGUAAAUUCAAGCCUUAUGUUAAACAGGGGUAUAUGUCAGGAGGUGCUGGAUAUGUGUUAAGCCGUGAAGCUCUCAAACGUUUUGUUGAGAAAGGUAUGAGUCCGGGACACCCAAAGAAAUGUAAAGAGAGUAAGGAAGGCGGUGCUGAAGAUGUCGAUAUGGGACAGUGUUUGGAGUCAUUAGAUGUAACCGCCGGCGACUCGAGAGAUAGCUUAGGCAGAGGUCGCUUCUUCCCAUUUGUUCCCGAACAUCAUGUUAUUCCCGGACACGUCGAUAAAAGUUUUUGGUAUUGGCAGUACAUCUACUAUCCAUCUCAAGAGGGAAUGGGUUGUUGUAGUGAUACUGCCAUAUCAUUUCAUUACGUUAACCCAAAUAUGAUGUACGUAUUGGAGUACUUGUUAUAUCAUUUGCGUCCGUAUGGUAUAAAUACCAAAAUUACAGUCGAUUCCAGUGCUCAAAACAAUGACAUCUCUGACCAACUCAUCAAUAGUGAGAUUUCUAAGAAAAACAAACGAUCGCUAAAAAGCGUAUCAAAUAGUCUAUCAUUACAUCAAUUUAAGAAUAGUAUUAUUCCUCGAGAUUUAUGGCAUUGAUUUUCAUAUUAGAGAAACAAUAUUUCUGCCAAAAAUCACAACUAUAGUUAUAUAUAUGAAAAUGUGAUAACUUUUGGAUUAUAUUAUUUGAUGAUAUUU